CCGCUCACGGACAGGUCACACUGGGUUACCUUCCCUCCACCGACCUCUUGGUGUUUCAUUGUUUUCCAAUGUAGUGACCGACUAGGGGUUAAAGUUCAGUCGGGUUAAGAUACGUGGGCCUCGUUGUUUCCCCGCACCCAAAAGUGUAAGGAAGAAAUGGAAACGAAAGACCUGCUGGAGGAGGUGUAAGCCGGGAACUCGGUGGUCUCCGCCUUCCUGUGAAGGAUGUUGGCGGCGCGGCUGUUGUGCAAGAGCCGUUGGAGUCUCGCGGCGCCCAGGAGUUUGAGUUCGGCGCGUGCUGGCUCCGCGUGCCUGAACCCGGUGUCCCGGAUGGGCACUGCUGGGGAGCAGUCGGAGGCCGCGCGCUGGCAGCCAGCUCGAGCGCAGUGCAGGCGCCGGAGCAGCGGAGCCGUGUUGGCGGGAGAGCAGCUGCUGUUGGCCGAGACCCUCUCCGACUGGGAGAGGCAGCUGCUUGACCGGCUGCUGGACGGAUUGCUGGGCGGACAGAGAGCCUGCCUGGCGGAGGCGAUCACCCUGGUGGAGUCGUCUCACAAACACAAGAAGUGCUUGGCCCGGCUGCUGCUGCAGAGAAUACUGACCUGUCAGAAGGAGCGAGAGCGUCCGAAUGGAGGGAAGCCGCUGUCCUUCAGAGUGGGCCUGUCUGGUCCACCUGGUGCUGGAAAGUCAACGUUUAUUGAAACGUUUGGGAAGAUGCUGACAGGGAAGGGUCAUAAAGUUGCUGUUCUAGCUGUUGAUCCAUCUUCAAGAACCUCUGGGGGAUCACUCUUAGGUGACAAAACACGGAUGGCUGAACUUUCAAGGGAUAUGAAUGCUUAUAUCCGUCCAUCACCAACUUCGGGAAUGUUGGGAGGAGUAACCAGAACCACAAAUGAAACUAUUAUUUUAUGUGAAGGGGCAGGAUAUGAUCUAGUUCUUGUAGAGACUGUAGGCGUGGGCCAGUCAGAAUUUGCCGUAGCAGACAUGGUGGAUAUGCUGAUUUUAUUCAUUCCACCAGUAGGAGGAGAUGAAUUGCAGGGUAUUAAACGUGGUAUAAUAGAGGUGGCAGAUUUAGUUGUUAUCACAAAAGCUGAUGGAGACUUCCUUGUUCCUGCUAGAAGGAUGCAAGCUGAAUACACAAGUGCACUAAAAUUGCUGCGUAAUCGGUCAAAGAACUGGAAACCAAAGGUGACCCGUAUAUCUUCAAAAACUGGGCAAGGAAUUCCUGAACUCUGGGAGGAAAUUGAAAAAUUCAAGGCCACAUUAUUAGAAAGUGGUGAGUUGCAAACAAAAAGACGAAAACAACAAAAAGUGUGGAUGUGGAGUCUGAUUAAAGAAAAUAUUACUGAAUACUUCUGUGACCAUCCAUCUGUCAGAGAUCAAAUUCCAAGUUUAGAAGAUAAGGUUGUCAAUGGUGAUAUAACUCCUGGUUUGGCUGCAGACAUCCUUCUGAAGGCAUUUUCGACAAAGGAGUAAAUACCUUGUACUCAAUUAAACAUUGCAAAUCUGUUAUUGAUUGUGAAUUUGGAAAUGAUCAUAAUGUUUUCACAGACAAACUUUAAUAAUUCAAAUGUUUUAAAGGAACAUUCCUUGCUGGCUCAAUGGGAUUUCCAUAUGGAAGCACUUUAAUGAAGAUUCUAACAUUAGUUUAUGCACAUUUAAAAUUUUAAUAUGUUUGUGCAGAUUAUUUCCUGGAUGAGCAUAGCAGUGUGGACCAUUUGAAUUUCAUGAAGCUGAUUUUGCCAUGAUUCACUAAAUAUUUUGUCACAUGGACUAAAUGGUCAGUUUUUGUGAAAUAAAAUUAUAUGAAAUAUA